UCUUUGGAAGCCAACAAUCAAUGUGGGCUGUUGGCUCCUGAGUCGCCAUGGUGCAGCGUGCACGUGCCCGUGAGACCAAAGGGCGCCAGAGCCCUCGACGCCGGAAGGAGUUGAUGCAACCUGUGCCUAGGAAGAGACGGCGCGAUGAAACACAAGAUCGAGUUGCGGAACGCUUGGCGCAGCUGCGGACGUGGGCAGACACAUGGCCAUCCGCAGAUCCCCCGUGCACCAAAAUCGUCAAGCGGCGCAAGGUUGGGAAGCAGCCUGACGACACUGGCGCAGUGGUAGCAUCCAACCGUGAAUAUGCGGUGGUUGCACAGCCACCUGCGUAUGUGGCUGCACGCAUCCGCGUGCUGGAAAAGCAUUUGGUGGUGGACCAUGCCUCGCUCUGCUGUGAGCAGGAAGAGUUCACAAACCUCUCUGUUGAGGACUGGUGCAACAUCGCCAGCGUAGAACCAGACUCCAAGGGCUUGGCGCCUACACAGGAGACCUUAGCAGCUGUAUGGAAUGCCUCGGCCUUCACCCUGUGCUUAGUACACCUGAAGAGCCGAGAGGUAGUGGGCUACGUCUAUGCUGCGCUCAGGACAGACAGCAAUCAGCUGAUCAUUUCCCACGUCAAGGUGGACGCUGCCGAAAGGGGCAAGCGCUUGGGCACUCUGAUGAUUGAAGCUGCUGAAGUCCAUGCCAAAGGACGUGGAUGGAAGUACGAAUCUUGCAAACUCGAAGUGAUGGAGUCAAACGUAGCUGCCAAGCGCUGUUACUCGAGAAGUGGAUUUCGCCACAUCAAGUCUGGGUACAGAACGCAUACUGGGUGCUCCUUGCGAUGGGAACUCUGGCGGAAGGACCUGGGAAUGUCCUGCCAAUGCGCCGACAUCCAGUGACUGAAUCGAUGUUAAAUCGCGGGAGUGCUCAAGGCCAACUGGCUGAACUGUACUUCAUGAUUGUCUGAAUACCCAUGCUGUGCAGAUUUACCGCGCCACAUAUGCGCCACAUGUGCUUCGCGGUUUGGAGGGG